UCAAAACAAUGAUGUGAGGAACCAUUGUUUUGUUUUGAAGUGUGAAAAACCCGCCAAUUCAUGCAUGGUACUACGAUAGUGAGUAGAUGAUAUCAUGUUACAGCGUAUGUCUUGUGGCCUUUGUCUUGCAAGGCUCAACUCUUCAUCAUACUCACUCCACAAAACCCUGCCACCUUAUGCAUUUUGCACUCUUUCGUCAACCCAAAUGAACCCCACCAAAAAGUUAACAUUUUCCCAUAUUUUCCAAAAGUGUUCCAACCUUAAAGCUCUGAAUCCUGGCAAACAAGCCCAUUCCCAGAUGAUUGUAACUGGCUUUGUGCCCACCAUCUACGUUGCCAACUGUUUACUUCAAUUCUAUUGCAAAAAUUCCGAUAUGGACCAUGCACUCAAGGUGUUUGAGAGAAUGCCCCAAAGGGACGUAAUCUCUUGGAAUACUGUGAUAUUUGGGUAUGCUGGGAUUGGCAACAUGGGGUUUGCACAAUCUUUGUUUGACUCAAUGCCUGAAAGAGAUGUCGUUUCCUGGAAUUCUUUGCUCUCUUGUUAUUUAAAUAACGGUGUUAGUCGCAAUGCAAUUGAAAUUUUUGUCAAGAUGAGAUCACUGAAAAUCCCACAUGACUAUGCUACAUUUGCUGUUGUUCUGAAAGCUUGUUCAGGAGUUGAAGACUAUGGUUUAGGGCUUCAGGUGCACUGCCUUGCAAUUCAGAUGGGUUUUGAGAAUGAUGUGGUGACAGGUAGUGCUCUAGUAGAUAUGUACUCAAAAUGUAAGAAACUAGAUGAUGCUUUUAAGGUUUUCCGUGAAAUGCCUGAGAGAAAUUUGGUAUGCUGGAGUGCUGUAAUUGCAGGCUAUGUUCAGAAUGACCGAUUUAUUGAGGGAUUGAAACUGUUUAAGGAUAUGCUGAAAGUGGGUAUGGGGGUGAGUCAAUCAACCUAUGCUAGCGUGUUCAGGUCUUGUGCUGGAUUAUCGGCAUUUAAAUUGGGAACACAGUUGCAUGGUCACGCUCUAAAGUCUGAUUUUGGAUAUGACAGUAUAGUUGGAACUGCCACAUUAGACAUGUAUGCCAAAUGUGACAGAAUGUCUGAUGCCUGGAAAGUAUUUAACACAUUGCCUAAUCCUCCUCGGCAAUCUUAUAAUGCUGUUAUUGUUGGAUGUGCUCGGCAAGAUCAAGGUCGUAAAGCUUUAGACGUUUUUCAGUCUUUACAGAAGUCUUAUCUUGGCUUUGACGAAAUUAGUUUGUCUGGUGCUUUAACUGCUUGUUCAGUGAUCAAAGGUCAUUUGGAGGGGAUCCAACUACAUGGAUUAGCAGUCAAAUGUGGUUUAGGGUUUAAUAUUUGCGUUGCAAAUACAAUUUUAGACAUGUAUGGAAAAUGUGGAGCUUUGAUGGAAGCCUGUUUAAUAUUUGACGAGAUGGAAAGAAGGGAUGCUGUGUCUUGGAAUGCAAUCAUUGCAGCUCAUGAACAAAAUGAAGAAAGAGAGGAAACGCUUUCACUCUUUGUUUCAAUGCUGCGAUCAAAAAUGGAACCUGACGAUUUUACUUAUGGUAGUGUUGUAAAGGCAUGUGCUGGUCAGCAUGCUUUAAACUAUGGUAUGGAGAUCCAUGGAAGAAUUAUUAAGUCCGGGAUGGGGUUAGACUGGUUUGUUGGCAGUGCCCUUGUUGAUAUGUAUGGCAAGUGUGGGAUGCUAACGGAGGCAGAAAAGAUCCACGACAGACUAGAAGAGCAAACAACUGUGUCCUGGAAUUCAAUCAUUUCAGGAUUUUCAUCACAAAAGCAAAGUGAAAAUGCUCAGAGGUAUUUUUCUCUGAUGCUGAAAAUGGGUGUAAUACCUGACAACUUCACAUAUGCUACAGUUCUUGAUAUUUGUGCUAAUAUGGCUACCGUGGAACUUGGAAAGCAGAUUCAUGCUCAAGUUUUAAAGCUACAGUUGCAUUCCGACGUGUAUAUAGCCAGCACACUUGUAGAUAUGUAUUCGAAGUGUGGAAAUAUGCAGGAUUCCAGGCUAAUGUUUGAGAAGGCACCAAAACGGGAUUAUGUGACGUGGAGUGCCAUGAUUUGUGCAUAUGCAUACCAUGGUCUUGGAGAAGAGGCCAUUAAAUUAUUUGAGGAGAUGCAGCUUUUGAAUGUGAAACCAAAUCAUACAAUUUUCAUUUCAGUCCUCAGAGCUUGUGCACAUAUGGGUUAUGUAGACAGAGGACUCCAUUACUUCCAGAAAAUGCAAAGUCACUAUGGUUUAGAUCCCCAUAUGGAGCAUUAUUCAUGCAUGGUAGAUCUAUUAGGGAGGUCAGGCCAAGUAAAUGAAGCUUUGAAUCUUAUUGAAAGCAUGCCUUUUGAAGCUGAUGAUGUAAUUUGGAGAACUUUGCUUAGUAAUUGCAGGAUGCAAGGGAAUGUAGAAGUUGCAGAAAAAGCAAUCAAUUCUUUAUUGCAGUUGGACCCUCAAGAUUCUUCUGCUUUUGUUCUUUUAUCAAAUGUAUAUGCUAACGCAGGGAUGUGGGGUGAGGUCGCAAAAAUCAGAAGUAUAAUGAAGAACUGUAAGUUAAAGAAGGAGCCAGGUUGUAGCUGGAUAGAGAUCAGAGAUGAGGUACACACAUUUCUUGUUGGAGACAAGGCACAUCCAAGAUCUGAAGAGAUAUAUCAGCAAACUCAUUUACUUGUGGAUGAGAUGAAGUGGGCUGGUUAUGUUCCAGAUAUUGAUUUCAUGCUUGAUGAGGAGGUUGAAGAACAAGAUCCUUAUGAGGGGCUCAAAACCACCGUUUGUAGUGUGAGGUAAUAAUGUAGGGAAGAUUUCAAACACUGCCUACGAUGGCUUAAUGGAGAUUCCCUUACACUGAAUGGUGCAUGGGUUGUGCUGUUUCACAUGCUGAGAUUGGUUCAGAUUAGCCUUCAUUGAAUAGUGGCUUGGGUUAAUUAGACCUUCAACACGGGUCUGGCUAGCUAUAGAGGCUUCUUAAGGGACACCAAGAGUUUUGGUUGGUUUAUCUUUUAUUCAGCCAUCUCAUCACCUCCAAUGUAUAUUCAUCAUCCAUGCUGAUUCGUUGUGAGAUAAUACACAGUUGAAUGUGAUGUGGAGGAGACGAUCCAAGCAUGUGAUCAUCUUUAUCUUAAGUAGAAAACAUGUAAUUUGGUUCUCCAGGUGUUCUUCACUUGAUUCAUAAGUCAGAUUCACAUUUUCAUACCAUGGGAUCGUUAUAAACUGAUUCAUGCAACCAUCAAAUAAAACUGGUAAGUAGACCUAUGUCACUCUUUUCGAGUGGAUGGAAAUUUUUGCACUGAUACCCUAGCUAUACUUGUAGCUUGACAGACAUUACAUUAUGCUCUCAAGCACAGAAAUUUAACGAGUUGCAAUGGAAUAAAA